GCUUGUCACACUAUCUGGACUUUGUCACUUACCAUUGCAUCAGUGCUCACGUAGCAGUAUGUUGGUACCUGAGUGUUAGCCACCUUACAUCUGCUGCUGUCAGCGUUCACCUUGCAUUGUGAAUGAUGCUGCCAACAUAGUGACCAAGAGCUAUAGUCUAACUCCCAGGCCAGAAUGUGAGUACUGUGUCACCACCACCAACAACAACAGUGACCAAAAACUACAGAGUUUCAGACCAGCAGUGUGUGAGAACUACACCUCAGCAGUGUGUGAGGACCACACCAUCAACACUGUCAGAACAACACCAUCAACACUGUCAGAACAACACCAUCAGCAGACUGUCAAAACCAUACUGGAUUAUAAAACUACUGUUACUGGGUGUCAAACCCACUCUUGCUGGCUGUUAGAACUACUGUUACUGACUUAUAGAACUACUGUUGCUCGGUGUCAUACCCACUCUUGCUGGCUGAUAGAACUACUGUUGUUUAGCGUCAAACCCACUCUUGCUGGCUGUCAGAAUUACUCUGCUGGGUGUCAAACCCACUCUUGCUGGCUGUCAGAAUUACUCUGCUGGGUGUCAAACCCACUCUUGCUGGCUGUCAGAAUUACUCUGCUGGGUGUCAAACCCACUCUUGCUGACUGUUAAAACUAUUGUUGAUUAGUGUUAAACCCAAUCCUGCUGGCUGUUAGAACUACUGUUGUUUAGUGUCAAACCUAAUGCUGCUGGCUGUUAGAACUACUCUGCUGGGUGUCAAACCCACUCUUGCUGGCUUUCAGAAGUACUCUUGCUAGGUGUCAGUUCUGGAAUGCAAGAUGAGUCCUGCAGGUGAUAAAGUCCUCUCUAUCCCUGCGCUCGGCCGUCCAUUUCGUCUCGGAAAUCUUUAUGAUUGUGUAAAUGAAAAUUUAAUCCCAGGAAUAACUCUCUGGGACCAAGCAACACUAAAGGGAAAAACAAUUCAACAUCUUGAAACCUCGAAAUUCUCCAUAAUUGCAUCUGAUUCAUUGGAAAAGAAAAGCAAUGCUCUUGAUAUAAAUGCUGAAAUGAAGCUAAGUUUUCUUGCCGGUCUGGUUGAGGUCUCGGGGUCUGCAAAGUACUUAGACAAUGAGAAGUCUUCUAGCAAACAAGAAAGAGUCACUCUACAUUAUAAGUGUACUACUAAAUCGGAAGAGAUGACGAUGGAGCAGCUUGGUCCUGGGAGAGUGGAACAUCCUGAGGUAUUUGACAAAGGCACUGCAACACAUGUAGUCACUGGAAUAAUAUAUGGGGCUCAGGCUUUCUUUGUUUUCGAGAGAGAUUGUUCCUCCUCUUCACAUGACAAGGAAGUUCAUGGAGAUCUGAAUGUUAUGGUUAAAAAUUUACCGAAAAUUAAUAUUAAUGGGAGUGGAGAGCUAGACAUUUCCGAGCAUGAUAAGAAGAAAGUAAAGAAAUUUACUUGCAAUUUCGAUGGAGAUUUUCUUCUUCCUGAAAAUCCAUGUUGCUACGAAGAUGCUGUUAAGGUUUAUAAGAAAUUACCACAUCUUUUAGGAGAGAAAGGAGAGAAAGCUGUACCAGUCAAAGUUACCCUGUAUCCUCUAACACUGUUGGAUAACAAAGCCUGUAAACUUGACCGUGCCUUUAAAGUGCAGUUUUUGACCAUUAAAACAGAAAAUGUAUUUGAAGAAUUCCAUUCGCUGACUGUGCGGUGCAACGAUUUAGAUAAUACUCCUGUAGUAGAAGCAAAUAAUGCCAUGCAAAGGAAAAUAUCUGAAUUUAAAUCACUGAUUACUGCUUAUAAGUUGAAACUACAAGGGGAUCUGUCAGAGUUACUACCUGGAAUCAGAGGUGGUGGUACCGAGGAAUCCCGUCUAGCUGAACUUCUUAUGAAAAAAGAAGCCUCUCCAUAUAGCUACCAUAACUUAGACACUUGGCUUAAAGAUGAAGAAAAACGUGUCAAAAUUCUCAAUGAAUAUAUCAAAAUGUUUUCAGAUAUAAAGUUUGCCUCCCAGCCUAGUGAUUUUGACUCCAUAAUUAUGAGUCCUGAGAAUGACUACGUUAUUUGCUUUAGAUUUCUUCUGCCACAAGACAACUCUCAACUUCAUAAAAUGAAAUUAUAUAAUACAAGAGAAUAUGACAGUAAAAGUGACCAUACUGAUGAAGGAAGGAAACCUGAGAACAGCUUGUCGACAAAAGAUGUACCUGGAGUAGAUAUAGAUGAUAAAAUCUCCAUAAUGGAGAAAGCCAUACUGUUUAGAAACUUUCAUGGCUCUAAUAAAAGACGAACAGGAACUGCCUUCGUAGUGGAAAUGGAAUUUUCUAAUAUGUUACAAUUUCAGGCUCAUAUUCAGUGUUACAGGUAUGGUCGUCUCUUACAUGAAAACUAUGAACUUCCCUCUGCACCUGGAAUACCUCAAGCCGACAGUGCACAAAGUACUCACAAGAGUAUUUCCAUUCAGUGGAAGUCACCAGACUAUGGCGCAUCAGUUGUCCAGACAUAUGAAAUUCUUUGUCAACGAGUCAAUAAAGACAGUUGUCCUGUGAGCUUUACGACAAGUGCUGAGACUCGCAGAUUUACUAUUCCAAACCUUGAGCCCAGUUGUGCUUACCUUGUGAGUGUACAGAGUAUUUGUGAGGCCGGAGUUGGUCCCUCCAGUAAGGAAAACACAGUCUCCACUCGACCAACUAGCCCUCCAGGUAAACCAGAAGUGUAUCAGAUUUCAAGAAAAACUAUAGAAAUACGUUGGUCUGAGCCACUCUGCCGUGGUUCAGACUGUAGCAUACAGAGUUAUGUAGUGAAGAUGCUGAAAGAAGAGACCAACACAUGGGAAGAAAUAGAAAAAACUAAAGCAGAAAAGCUUUUCUGUAGAACAGAAGUUACACCAAACUCUGUCCCAAGAUUUAAGAUAGUUGCUGAUUGUGGCAAUGAUGGAUGCAGUGUGGACAGUGAUCCUAGUGAUCUCUUUACAGUAAAUACUAAUAACAAGCUUACAAAAGCUAAUAACAAUAAAAUAUCGAAAGAAAACUUAUGUGGUAAAUUAAAUCCUGUGGCUGGAAGUACUCCACGGAUUUAUAUGCUCCAUGCAAAGUUAGUUAAUGACAACAAGGAAGAUUUAAUCCGAAAGUAUGAGCUAGGAACGCCAGAGCAUAAUAGUCAGGAAAAAGUAAUCUUACUAGUUGGUAAGACAGGAGCAGGCAAGACAACUUUGAUCAACAGUCUCAUCAAUUACGUGUUUGGUGUUAAAUGGAAGGAUGAAUUUCGCUUCAAACUGAUAUCGGAAGACACUGGUGGAUGCCAGGGCAAGACUCAAUAUAUUACUUCUUACACUAUACACCAUCAAGAGGGUUUCAGCUAUCCCAACACUCUCACCAUUAUUGAUACUCCAGGGUUUAGUGACACUUACAGAGUGAUGAUAGAUAGAGAGUUCACCAGUCUGAUACGCACCUUCUUUAAGACCACAGGCACAGGUGGUAUUAAGACCACAGGUACAGGUGGUAUUAAGACCACAGGUACAGAUGGUAUUAAGACCACAGGUACAGGCGGUAUUAACCACAUUGAUGCUCUAGGCUUUGUGUGUCAGUCGUCACAGUCACAAUUAACUCCAGCACAAAAGUUCAUUUUUAACCAAAUGUUCUCCCUGUUUGGCAAAGACAUUAAGGAUAAUACUUUUUUGUUUCUCUCUUUUGCUGAUUUGCAAAAACCACAAGUUCUUAGUGGAAUUAAAACAGCUGAUUUACCAUACCGAACAUACUUCAAGUUUAACAACUCUGCUACAUAUGCUAAUAACACUGAUGAUACUAGGAACACUGAUACUGCAUAUGACAGUGAUAACGAGCAUGAAAUGCUGAAUGUUGAUCAAAUUUUCUGGCAGAUGGGAGAGGAGAGCUUCAAUGUAUUUACGAAGCAGUUGAAUGUAGCUCAGAGUAAAUAUCUUCUACAGACUGAGGACGUUCUUAAAGAACAAGAUAACAUCGCAGGAAUUUGUACAAAACCAUCACACACAAAAGAAGCAGUCAGAUACCACCAAUCUAACAUAGUCACUGCCACUGAAAACUUGAGAGAGCGCUAUGAGAAAACUAAAAACCAUAUCUUAAAAAUUAAGGAUGAAUAUGAAGAAGUUCGUCAGGAAGUUAUGGAACUGACUUUAUCACUGAGAGAGUCACUAGCGAGCAUACAGGGGACGUCUCUCAGGCCAGUCUCUCUCACAGCAUUGCAACAUAUUGACACCUUAAUUUCUAAGGAGAACAUACAAAAACCCUUAGGUUGGAAGAUGGCGGUUAAACAGUUGGAAAAUAUCAGAAAAUGCACAGAAUUCCUACAAGAAAUUGCUGAUGAUACGUUUAACCCAUUUGAAGAUUUCAGCUGAAAAUCGCAAUAUAUAGCAAAGGAAAACUGUAGAAAAGAAUUGCGAUAUUCUGUUAUAUACUUUUGACGUAUUUUAUGGGGUCUACCCUUGCAAGGAUGCAGUAAAACAGACUUUCAUGUUGAUCACCUGGUCUACCAAGUUGUUGUAGCUAGCAGCUUGUAAACCCACAUUGCCAAAGGCAAUAGCAGAAACAUUAUUAGUUCUACGGUACGUAAUGCUGAGUUGUUGAGGGGUUGUUGAGGUGGUUCAGACAUGCAGAGAGGAUGGAACAACAUAGAAUGACUUGGAGAGUGUAUAAAUCUGUAGUGGAGCGAAAGCUGGGUAGAGGUUGGCCUAAGAAAGGUUGGAGGGAGGGGGUAAAGGAGAUUUUGUGUGUGAGAGGGGCUUGGACUUCCAGCAAGCAUGCGUCAGCGUGUUAGGAGCAAAUUGAGACAAAUCGUUUUUAGGACUUGACGUGCUGUUGGAGUGUGAGUAAGGUAACAUUUAUGAAGGGAUUCAGGGAAACUGGGAGGCCGGACUUGAGUCCUGGAGAUGGGAAGUAGGAUAGGAUGUUAAUGUUACAGUUUUAUAACUGUAGUGUAAGAAUGCCUCUGACAAGACAGUGAUGGAGUGAAUGAUGAAGAAAGUUUUUUUUUUUCGGGGCCACCCUGCCUUGGUGGGAGACGGCCAGUGUGUUAAUAUAAUAAAUAUACAGCAGGAUUCUUUUGUCGAAUACAGAGAAGACUAUGGAGCAAAACUCUUCUCCAGGCUGAGGGACUGACCACCUCAAAACUACGCUCAUGCUGCCUCCUCGGUAUUAAACUGAAGAAGCCUACUGUGUAGGCGAAACAUUUUGGAAUAAAGAUAACUAGGUCUUGCACAUAUGCCUUACUUAUCGAACAUUUAUAAUAAGUGUCAUACGAUAUAUAAUAUCGAAAACAAAUGUUCAGGUUUAAAAGUUACAAAAAUUUGUAUUUAAAAAAUAACUAACUGACCAAACGCUCAAGUUUCAAUGAUACAAAACGUAUUUUUAUAGAAUUUAGGUUAGAUUAAGUAAGAUUACUCAGACAACAGGAAAAUUGUUUCCUGACACUCUGGUCUUGGUCAUCUGACGGAGACCUUCCACUGGCUUACCCCUUCACUACUUGAAAAAUAUUAUUUUAUAUAGAAUUUAUUCUACUUUAUAAAGUAUAUAAAGUUUACUUUAACAGGUGUUUCACAAAAUAUGUCAACUUUAGAAUUUAUAAUAAAAAAGUCUAACUUAUAAACUGAUAAAGUAAAUAAUUUAAAAAUAUAAUUUUUAGUGUUUAAAAUUUUACUGAAAAUUAAGUAAUAAUAAAAGAUUUUAGUAACUGGUGGAAUAAUUUUAAUAGUUAAUCAAAAAAUGUCAUGAUUGGGACUUGUUUUCCAUGGAUGAAGGUUCAAUAUUUGAAACAAUCCAUGAACUAGUUUAUCUGGAGUUUAUCUGGAGAGAGUUCCGGGGGUCAACGCCCCCGCGGCCCAGUCUGUGACCAGGCCUCCUUAGGUCAGUGUCCCAGGAUGCGACCCACACCAGUCGACUAACACCCAGGUACCCAUUUUACUGAUGGGGAACAUAGACAACAGGUGGAAAGAAACACGUCCAAUGUUUCUACUCUGGCUGGGAAUCGAACCCAGGCCCUCACCGUGUGAAGCGAGAGCGUUAACCACCAGGCCACCAGAGCCCCUAAGUUGUGCAAGACAGGUAUAAAACACCGACAAGAUGAAAGUUAAGACACAUGUGCAACAUGUUGCACAUGUGUCUUAACUUCAUCUUGUCGGUGUUAUAUACCAUUCUUACACAUCUGGUUAUCUUGUAGUCAACACUAACUCCAAGGCUGAGGGACUGAUUACCUCAUCUUUUGUAUAUAGUUCUUCAGUUUUCUUAUUAUGCCCAAAGAAUCUGUAUUGAUAAAGCCACUGGAGGGCGAAACGUCUACAAUAAAGAUAACCAGAUGUUGUACAAGUGUCUUAACUUUCAUCAAUCCAUGUACUGGCAAGUGUAAAUUAUUUCUAGCCCACCUUUGUAUUUAUUGCCGUUUAAUUAAGAGAAAUUUCCUUCAUAGGGAUAUAUUGUAAUUAUUUAAGACUCAUGUGACUAUUUCAGUGUCUACUUUUAACAUCUGAAUCCAGAGAAAAAUAAGUUCACAAAUAACUCACACAUAUGAGAAUGGAAUUUAUGGUGGAUUUUCAGACAAACUUGGAGCAGUAACUGGUGAAGGUGAGGAAGACAGUAUAUACAAGGAAGGAAGUAGUGAAACAACAAUAGUAGUAUUGUAAGUAGUGCAACAGUGAGAAAGAUGGCAAUAAGAGCAUAGUGGUAGUGACACAAUAACAAUGAGUGGAGUUUUAGCAAAGUAAUAGCAGCUCUAGUAAUAGUAGUAGUAGAGGUAGUCCAAGAACAAGAUAGACAGGAGCUCUACAAGAACACUAAUGGCUCAUGAGGGUGGCACAAAAACCUAGUGACAUAAGAUAUAUAUUAUGUACACUAAUAUGCAAUGCAUUUCUACCAAACUAACCCAAGUUCUUAAAUAACAUUUAAGAUUUUAAUAUAGACAAUUAAGUAGGAUUUCUUACAAAGUUAACUACAAUCAUAUUAACAAUAAUAAAGGUAGGUUAUAAUCAGCUGGAACAAUUUCAAAAGCACGAUUUAUUAUUUCAAAAGUAUUCAGUGAUCUUCAGUUCUGUGGAAUGAUUGAGCAGAUGAAGACACAGCAAGUUACUUAGUUAUGUUGUAAAUACAAUGAUUGAGAAGAUGAAGACACAGCAAGUUACUUAGUUAUGUUGUAAAUACAAUGGGCCAAGAUGUUGCUAAGCUGUUCUUUAUCAAUGGUUAUUCAGACAUUUAAGACAUGUAAAUUUUUCUUCAUUCCAUAAAGUUAAUUUAUAUAUGUUAAUUUACCUUGUAUAAUGUACUCUAUAUCACUUUUACAAAAAUAAAGUUUGUAUGGUUA